UUUUAUGCCCAAACGCGGUAAGCCCACAGAUAAUAUGCUUGUAUAAUCUUUUGGGAGGCGAACCCAGGCCAACUUAGGGGUUGCAGCGCUGAUAGGAGAUCCCAAGAUUUGCAGGUUCAAACAAGCUUGGAAUCUUAAAUUCUAUGCUUGUUUUGAUUCUGUUGGGUUUCCGCUUUUUCUGUCUUUCAUCAGCAUCAACCACCACGGCCACCAUGACCCUGCAAAAAGUUCAUAUGUGAAGCUCUGAAUUUAUUUCUCCAGUACUUGGGAAUGAAACUUCAUUUUCUUUUUUUCUGUUUCUUGUUGCUGUUAAUUUAUGGUUUUUUUAACUCAUACGUUGACGGAUUCAACUCCGAGAGUACCGAGAUUGUGCCUUCGAGUCCUCAAUGGAUUGAUUUCAAGUCCCCUACUCGAGCUGGAGCCCGGUCUCUCAAAUCAUCGUCACAUCUGGAAGAUUCUGCAGAACUAGUUGCGCUCCCUAAUGGAACAAUUUAUUUUGAAGAUACAGCUUCUGGGAAAGUUUUCUGGUCAUUUUCAUCUGGAGCACCAAUAUACUCAUCAUAUCAAGCUCCAUUCCAUCAAGAUAAGGAUAAAGAAAAUGCCUCCGGACCAAGAACUGGAUUCUUUGUAGAUUAUGGAGAUGACUGGCAACUGUAUGCACAUGGAAAACACUCUAGUGGAGUGAAACUUCAAAUGAAUAUUGAAGACUUCAUCAAAAUUACACCACACAUAUCAGAAGAUGGGUCAGUUAUACUUGGAUCUAAGACAACUACAGUGUUUGUGGUUGAAGCUAAGACUGGAAGACUUGUUCACACUUAUAAGUCACUUGAUACUCCAUCCACAUUGCAAAGAGAUGAAGAAGGGAGUGCUUUGCAUGAUGACAAUAAAAAUAAUAAGGAUCUGGUAAUGUCUGGCUCUUCAAGUACUGCUCAAGUCAUAUACAUCACAAGGACAGAUUACACACUGCAAACUUUUGGUUCAAAUUCAGACAAUGUUUCUUGGAAUAUGAAAGUGGCCAUGAUUGAGGCUGCUUUUCUAUGUAAAGAUGUUGAGAACUCAGAAACCACAUUAAACUCUGCUUAUGACCUUGGUUCUGAAAGUGGAAGUGAUUUUGAGGUGUUUUUGUCAUGUCAACCUAGAAGAAUGAUGGUUCGAAGACAAGGUAAGCCACAGUCUUCUUUUGGGGCUGCUCAUGGUGACGAGAAGCUUCCAUUGCCUGCAUCAAAUCUAAUGCUUCCCUCAGAGCCUGGUGUUGACAGAUCAUUAGAGGAUCAUCAUGAAAGAAGGAUGCUUACGGGGUCUGCUUCAAAUCCUGUGCUUGCGUUGGAACCCAAAGUUGAUAAAUUGUCAAAUUUUCAUCCCAAUGAUGGGAGUGAAGGAAUGCUUGCUUUGCCUUAUGAUUCUGGGGUGGUUGAUGUGCAUGAUGCAAGAUUGCUUUAUGAAAAUGUGUUAAACAUGCUCAUUAAGUGGUCGACAGCUUUCAUUUUGAUUGUGGUCAUCAUUCUGUUGGGCUUUAUCUAUCUAGUGGGUAAAGAAAAGAUUGCUUCAGAGAAGCUGUCCAGUAGUAGUAGUUUAAAAGCUUCACCUUCUAAAAGGAAGAAAAGCAAGAAAUCAGGAAAGAAAAAUGGCAGUGUUGAUACAAAGGAUGCAGAUGGAUCAUCUGAAAAUGGGGAUGGACCUGCACUCAGUGAAGAUGAUGACACAACAUUCUUGGACCUUAAUAAACUUGUUGAUAGUGGCACUGAUGGACAUAGAAUUGGCAAGUUAUUUGUAUCAAAUACAGAAAUUGCUAAGGGAAGCAAUGGUACCAUUAUCCUUGAAGGUAUAUAUGAAGGUCGACCUGUUGCUGUGAAACGCCUUGUUCGAACUCAUCAUGAUGUGGCAUUUAAAGAAAUUCAGAAUCUCAUUGCAUCAGAUAGACAUCCAAAUAUUGUUCGUUGGUAUGGGGUGGAGUAUGAUAAAGAUUUUGUCUACCUAUCUUUGGAGCGCUGUACAUGCAGCUUAGACGAUUUGAUUCAGAUAUUUUUUGGUUCCUCUCUAAACCAAAUCUCCGGUGAGGACCAAGCUACUAGAGCCACAAUUGAGUAUAAACGUUGGCUGGAUAAGGUGAAGGGUAUAAUGGAGGACCUUAAUUGGUGGAAAGAAAAUGGCCAUCCAUCACCUCUUCUAUUAGCACUAAUGAAGGAUGUGGUUUCUGGGCUUGUGCAUUUACACGAAUUGGGUAUAAUCCAUCGAGACUUGAAGCCUCAAAAUGUAUUACUUCUUAAAGAAAGAUCUUUAUGUGCGAAGCUUUCUGAUAUGGGAAUCAGCAAGCGUCUUCUUGGGGAUACAUCUUCAUUGGGUUAUAAUGCUACUGGCUGUGGCAGCUCUGGUUGGCAAGCACCAGAGCAGCUUCUUCAUGGACGCCAAACACGUGCAGUUGAUUUGUUUAGUUUGGGUUGUGUCCUCUUUUUCUGUAUUACUGGUGGUAGACAUCCAUUUGGGGAUCGUCUUGAACGUGAUAUCAAUAUUGUCAAAAACAAAGUGGAUCUUUUCUUAGUUGAAUACAUUCCAGAAGCUGAGGAUCUUAUUUCCUGUUUAUUAAAUCCUGACCCUGAAUUGAGGCCAAAGGCAAUAGAAGUGCUGCGCCACCCAAUUUUUUGGAGUUCUGAAAUGAGAUUGUCAUUUCUUCGCGACACUAGUGACAGAGUAGAAUUGGAGGAUAGGGAGUCUGAUUCUGAUCUCUUGAAAGCAUUGGAGAGUACUGCACCUACUGCUCUUGGUGGAAAAUGGAAUGAAAAGAUGGAACCUGAAUUUAUCACUAACAUUGGCCGCUACAGGCGAUAUAAGUUUGAUAGUGUUCGGGACUUGUUGCGAGUCUUGCGAAACAAGUUGAAUCAUUAUAGAGAACUACCCAAAGGAAUUCAGGAGCUUGUUGGACCAGUUCCAGAAGGAUAUGAUAGCUAUUUUGCAAGUCGAUUUCCAAAGCUGUUGAUUGAAGUAUACAAAGUUGUGUGCAGAUUCUGUAGGGAAGAGGAUUGCUUUCAGAAGUAUUUUUAACAGCAAUGGUUAAAAUGUUUGGCCCGUUCUGAUGUCCUGAAAGUGAUGGAUGUAAUUGAAACUCUGUAUAACUGUAAAUACAACUGUAACAUAUAUAUAUAUACAUAUAUAUAUAUUUUAUGAAAAUACAACUGUAAUCUUAACAGUGUAUAAUACUCCAUUUACUAAUCUUAACCUCUGCGCGUAUUAUUUUGUUCA